ACUAACUCGUAAGUCAAGGUGUCAUUAGUUUUAAGACAAAACACCGGAGGGACUUAGAAAAAAAAAAUAUAACUGUUAUUCAGAGAAAACACUGGCCAAGUCGGCAAUAAUGAUAGGGUUCAAAUUUACAGUUUUUAGCUGGAUUCUCUGGUACAUGGCGUCAUCUGCAGCAUCUUGCUCAGAUAAAGGCUACUUUUGUUGGGUUUGGAGAACCACUGGAAAGUGUAAAAGGAGUUCCAACUAUGCUGUAAACAAAUGCCAAAAGACAUGUAACUUCUGUCCUGUUUUGACAGAGGCCCCAAAACCCACGGAUACACCACCCACGGUUACAACGACUCACCAUACAACCACAUCGAAGCCUUCAGAAUGCUAUCUUAAAGAACGUUUACCCAUCAGCAGAGAACAAGUUUGGAACAAACAGCUACAAGGUCACGUGAUUUAUCACCAAUCUGUUGUAUCGGAAAUUCAGUGCGAGGAUCUUUGCCUACGGAUUCCCGGAUGUGUGGCUUAUAAUUAUCAGUAUUCUAAAAAGCGUGGCGAGACGGAGAGGGCCUGUGAACUAAUGAACAGUGUGGUAAAUGUCAAGAGCAUCGUUGGUUUUAGCUUCCGACUGUUCGAGCGAAAAAGAACCAAUAAGUAUCUAUUCAGCAGCUGCCUUGGUGAUACAUGAAACCUUCCAAUCUGAAAGCGGAGACCAAUUUAACAUCGCCCAACACUUCUCUCCAUGUGGUAUAAGGAGUAAACCUACUGUGCACUUACUUCUCUUUUCUUCACUUUAAUAGCAAACGCGCAUGUCAUUCAGACUCCGAGAGUGCCAAACAAUCAGAUACCUGGAACAUCUCAGGGGAAGUAUAUAACAUUUCUAUCUAGAAGAUGCACUGUCAUUUGCAGUUGGGGCGCAGUUGAAGACGUACUGUAAUAUAGGGCUUUUUCAUUGCUCUUCAAAACUUAUGUCCUUCCACAUAUUUUUUUAGUUUGUGUAGACUGUCAGUUUAAAAUCAUAAUAAUAAUAAUAAUAAUAAUAAUAAUAAUAAUGCGAGCUGGCUGUUAAUGUAUCUUAUUUAACGAUGUGAGAUGUAGCAUCGCCGGGUAUUUUUACGAGUUGUUUGUAUUUUGACUCACCUUACGGGCCCGUCAAAUUACGGUGCAGCUCGUAUAAAUACUCAGUGACUGACUACACACUUGUCUGAGGUGCACGCGUCAUAUUAGGGCGAGUUAACGUUAUAAGCUCGUGAUCGUAGAUCCGAACGCCUUGUUUGAUUUGGAGUCAGAGUGGACGGUGGGGGAAGGGGGUGGAGCAAUAUUCACUCCCCCACCCCAACCCCUCUCCUUAUUUUUGACCGUCGGUCACUCCCAUGGUACAAAUUACCUUAUCUCCGCGGCCUUCCGCGGCCAUUAAAAUCAAAGAUGGCGGUCAUUUUUCGCGAAGGAAAUACUGCGUACUCGCUCUCCCAAAUUACGCCUGCUCUGCAGGUUAUACUACAUACCAAAGUGUUUAAUAAGUUACUUAUUCUCCAACUGCUUUAUUUUACAUGUUUUCCUUUGAAACGACGCAUGCAAGCUUAGCUUUUUUUUACAGUACAACGUACUUGGAUAACAGAAUGUGAUCACUACGUAGUUGAAGAUAGUCUCAACUUUUUAGGCAUACGCUCGGAUCUUUACAGCAAAUAAGCCUUAUGAAGAUUUUCGUAGCACUAACCUCUUCACCGUCGAAAACCUUAACCGUGUUACAUAUUCCAUUUUUUAGUAUUCCCCAGUACAACUUUAUCAACAGGCAAGUUUAUAUUUUCUUCUUCAACAGUUGCUAUCUGUUUACCCGCCUUGCAUCGCCUUAUCACAAAAAUAUGGUAUCGAUUCGUGAAUAUAUCGAACAUUACACUGAUUCUACCUGCACCGUAUUCACUAACAGGGAGUGAAAACCAGAUGCAGGUCAAAUUAUUCGAUGCCAUAUACCUCGGGAUAUGUAAUAAACAAUUAUUAACCGAAGGGGAGGUGAAUUGUUGUGGAUAUUUCCCGAGCCGCGGAGCCAGAUAAAUAUCCUACCCUUUUACCGACACUGUAUUGAUUUAUACCACACAGGAGCCAAAAUUUGGUUUAUUUCUGUCAAUAUACCGAAAAGUGGUCGGAAAUGAAAUUGUUGUGGUAGAGGGGUUAGGUGGAAAACGUGGUUUGCGGAUGCGGAGUAUAGAAAAUACGGAGUGAGGAAAACGGAGAGUGUGGAAAAUGAGGAG